UGUUAUCAUUGUGCCUAGGGUGGAGGCAGCGAGAGACCGAGGAGUCAGUACCCAAGGAGCCAUUCCCUGUCUUGGCCCAAGCACAGCCCCGCUGGAGGAGGCGGGCCUGAGGGGCAUGAGCAACUCUUCAAGACAGACUAAAUGCCUUUCACCUGAAGAGAUGUAGCCAUGUCCGUGCAGGUGGCAGCCCUCGGCGGCAUGGGGCUGGGCCCCGAGCGUCUGAACCCGGAGGAGCUAGUGAGGCAGACCAGGCAGGUGGUACAGGGGCUGGAGGCGCUUCGGGCAGAACACCGCAGCCUGGCCGGGCACCUAGACGAAGCGCUGGCGGGUCGGGGCCCGGUAGGUGGCUUGGAGCUGCUGGAAGAGAAGCAGCAGGUGGUGAGCCACUCGCUGGAGGCCAUCGAGCUGGGGCUAGGAGAGGCCCAGGUGCUGUUGGCCCUGUCGGCGCACGUGGGCUCGCUGGAGGCUGAGAAGCAGCGGCUGCGGGCGCAGGCUCGGAGGCUGGCGCAGGAGAACUCGUGGCUGCGUGAGGAGCUGCAGGAGACCCGGCAGCGGCUGUGGGCCAGCGAGGCGGCUGUGGCCCAGCUGGAGGAGGAGAAGAACCACCUCCAGUUCCUGGGGCAGCUGCGGCAGUAUGACCCCCCCGAGGAGAGCCAGCGACCGGAGUCCCCCCCUCGCCGAGACAGCCUGGCCUCCCUGUUCCCCAGCGAGGAGGAGGAGCCGAAAGAGGCAGCAGGAGCAGCAGCAGCCCAGCAGGGUGGCUACGAGAUCCCGGCACGGCUGCGGACCCUGCACAACCUUGUAAUCCAGUACGCGGGCCAGCAGCGCUAUGAGGUUGCCGUGCCCCUGUGCCGCCAGGCCUUGGAGGACCUGGAACGCAGCUCAGGCCACUGCCACCCUGACGUGGCCACCAUGCUCAACAUCCUGGCCCUGGUGUACCGGGACCAGAGCAAGUACAAGGAAGCCACGGACCUUCUCCACGAUGCCCUGCAGAUCCGGGAACAGACGCUGGGGCCUGAGCACCCUGCGGUGGCCGCAACCCUCAACAACCUGGCAGUCCUGUAUGGGAAGCGUGGGCGGUACCGGGAGGCGGAGCCCCUGUGCCAGCGCGCCCUGGAGAUCCGGGAGAAGGUCCUGGGCGCCGACCACCCGGAUGUGGCUAAGCAGCUCAACAACCUGGCCCUGCUCUGCCAGAACCAGGGCAAGUUUGAGGACGUGGAGCGGCACUAUGCAAGGGCCCUGAGCAUUUACGAGGCCCUGGGGGGCCCCAACGACCCCAAUGUGGCCAAGACCAAGAACAACCUGGCCUCCGCCUACAUAAAGCAGAACAAGUACCAGCAGGCCGAGGUGCUGUACAAGGAGAUCCUGCGUCCGCAGGACCUGCAGGGCCUGCUCGGAGGUCCGGGCACAGGCACGGCUGGUGACGCAAAACAGGAGACCCUUCCUCGGAGCAGCUCGUUCUCUAAGCUACGCGAGUCCAUCCGGCGAGGCAGUGAGAAGCUGGUCUCCCGGCUCCGAGGCGAGGGCCUGGCAGGGGCGGCCGGGAUGAAGAGAGCCAUGUCACUCAACGUGCUGAACGUGGAUGGGCAGAGGGCCGCGGGGACGCAGCUCCCUAGCCGGCCCCUGGGCGAGGCCUCUCGGACCUUCAGCGCCAGCACCCAGGACCUGAGUCCCCGCUGAGGUGGACAGGACAGAGUUGCUGCAGACUCUCAGGAAGGGGUGGGAGGACCGGUGACAUCCACCUCUGGCACAUCCUGACACCCCACCUGGGUGCCCCGGGUGUGCUUCCCACCUCCCUCCCUCCUGUGAUUAAAUUCUGUAGAUGUGGCAAUGAGGAAUGUCCUCCUGAGGGUCCCAGGCGGGGCCCCUGUGAGCCAGGCAAGACUCGGGAGAGCCGGGCGUGGUGGCACACAGGUAUAAUCCCAGCACUCGGGAGGCUGAGGCAGAAGGACU